GAAUACUUGCAGUCAGUCGAAUUAUAGCACGGCAAUCAAGUUGAUGUAGUUCUGCGUUUCGUCUGUUUGGUCGUGGGAACCUUUUUCGUGUGAGAAAAAUUGCACAUUUUUUUCCUGUUUUGCCGUAAUCUUGUGCUAAUAGUAUUGUACCUAAUUGUUGUUGUCAACAUCGAUCCACGGCUUACUCGUGCUAAGCCUGAGUUUAUUUCUCGUCUGCAAUUUUUGGGUGUUUCGUGCUCACUCCGUUUAGCGCCAUUGCAGAUUCAGAUCAUAGUUUUAGCAAAUUCCCAUGGAUACGUGACAUCAUACGUACACACAGCAAUCGGCCAGAAGGAAUAUGGUUUGAGGCAAUAAUUAUGCGUGGCGACACAGAGAAUCGAAUGGAUGACGGAUGUGUAUAUAAAUGAAGCAGAAAUAAAAAUGAAUGAAAUAUUGAAUUCCAAGCUGCUCGUAUUUUGUGGUCCUACAUGAGCGACAGCGGAAUACGAAAAAGUGAGUGGAAAAUAGUGACACAAUGAGUUGUAGCACAAUUACUAGCAAGAUGAAAAGUGAAAAUGUUUUGAGCGGAAUUCAUGCAUUCGACAGUGUUUUCGGGGGAAAUGUAUGCAGCUAGCUAAAAUUCUCUACGUAAAUAGUAAAUUCCCUUUUCGAUAUUUUGUAAGUUGUGGUUUCUACCCCGUUCAAUAUUUGUGGAAUAAGGCAAGGUGUAAUGUGGUAUACCUUUACUGCAUGUCUGUAUAUCCUAAUAUUAUAGCCACAGAAGUCAACUGCGAAUAGUGGUGGGAACGUAAAAACAAAAGGGAGAAAAAUAGUUACAUCGCACAUACACAUCUAUACAUUUGUAGUAUCUAUAUAUAGCAAAGUGUAAACAUGUAUUCAGCUGCUGCCAUAUUCGGAUAUAAAACAUCGUGCAUCUCGCUCGCGCUAGCAUUGAUUUCCAGUUUGAUUCAGUCUAGUCAAAGUGCUGAUCUCGUGAUAGAAAUCCCUGGUAAUCUAGGUCUCGAUGAGUCCUACUACCGCCUGGACUAUUUUCCACCAGUGGGAAAUCCGGCCCCGAAUGCGACGAUAGCAUCGCGGGACGUUGGCGAUGAGAUUCAAUUCUCCAACGGUUUACCGGGCACCAGGUACAACUUCUGGUUAUACUACACAAAUUCGACACUCCAAGAUUGGCUGACGUGGACGGUGUCCAUCACAACAGCACCGGAUCCGCCAUCUAAUCUGUCCGUUGCGGUACGGUCAGGGAAGAGUGCUAUCAUCAGUUGGAGUCCUCCCUCGCAGGGUAACUACUCGGCAUUCAAGCUGAAAAUACUUGGACUGUCGGACAACUUCGCCACGAAUCAGACCGUUGCGAACGAGGAUGGUCAAUUGCAACAUGUACUGCGAGAUCUGACACCGGGUGCAACCUAUCAAGUGCAAGCGUACACAGUGUUUGAUGGCAAAGAAUCGGUUGCAUAUACUAGUCGCAAUUUUACGACAAAACGUUAUCGCCAUAAAGAUCUAUUGGAUAUUAAAAUUCUGCGAGAGCCCAACACACCCGGCAAAUUCAUCGUAUGGUUCCGCAAUGAGACAACAUUGUUGGUACUUUGGCAACCGCCGUAUCCCGCGGGAAUCUACACCCAUUACAAAGUGUCGAUUGAGCCACCCGAUGCGCUGGGUAGUGUUUUAUAUGUACAGAAAGAGGGAGAACCACCCGGUCCAGCGCAGGCAGCGUUCAAAGGACUUGUGCCAGGUCGAGCAUACAAUAUAUCUGUACAGACGAUGUCCGAAGAUGAAAUCUCGCUCCCAACAACGGCACAAUAUAGGACAGUUCCCCUACGACCAAUGAAUGUAACUUUCGACAAAAAAGCAAUAACGGAGAAUUCAUUCAAGGUGAUGUGGGAAGCACCGAAGGGAGCAAGUGAGUUCGACAAAUACCAAGUGUCCAUCUCAGCCACACGACGCCAACAAGCGGUUUUACGAAAUGAUAAUGAGAAUAUGGCAUGGCUAGAAUUUAAAGACAAUCUCGAUCCCGGUAAAACUUAUCAGGUUGUUGUAAAAACAGUAUCCGGGAAGGUAACAUCAUGGCCAGCGACCGGGGAAGUUACGCUCAAACCAUUGCCAGUAAAGAGCCUUUACUCCUUUACUGACAGCAAAACUAGUAUCAUCACAAUUUCAUGGACACCCGACGAUGUUAGCACACAGGAUGAGUACAAAAUCAGCUACCACGAACUGGAAACCAAUAACGGCGACGCUAGCACAAUGAAUACCGACAAAACAAGUUUUCCUCUGGAAUCAUUGCUACCGGGGCGUAACUAUUCUGUCACCGUUCAGGCCAUUUCAAAAAAGAUGGAAUCAAAUGAAACCGUUAUUUUCGUAGUCACUCGACCAUCGUCGCCAAUAAUCGAAGAUCUGAAGUCGAUUCGUGAAGGACUGAACAUAAGUUGGAAAAGUGAUGUAAACUCGCGACAGGAAAAGUACGAGGUCACCUACACCCGUAACGAUACAAACGACGGCAAAACUGUACUUACCACCGAAUCUAGAUUAGUUUUUACAAAUCUUUACCCAGGAGCUGGUUACGAGGUUAAAGUGUUCGCUGUCAGCCACGGGCUAAGAAGCGAACCGCAUUCAUACUUCCAGGCUGUUUAUCCAAACCCACCGCGCAAUAUGACAAUCGAAAAAGUUACCAGCAAUUCCGUUCUUGUACACUGGAAGCCUCCGGAGCGUUCUGAGUUCACCGAAUACUCUAUCCGUUACCGAACGGAAAGUGAAAAACAGUGGAUUAGGUUGCCCUCGGUGAAGGCAACAGAAGCUGACGUAACGGAUAUGACACCCGGUGAGAAGUACACCAUCCAGGUCAACACGGUGAGUUAUGGGGUGGAGAGUCCCAAUCCACAGCAGGUCAAUCAAACGGUACGUCCGAACCCGGUAUCCAACAUCGCACCGUUAGUAGAUUCAAACAACAUCACCCUCGAAUGGCCUCGCCCGGAAGGCCGAGUUGAGACAUACAUUAUACAUUGGUGGCCAACGGAGUUCCCCGAUCAAGUUUCUACCAAGAAUAUUUCGGAAAUCAGCACGAUUCUCCCAUAUCCAGGUAGCGGUCUCAGCGACGAAGAAAAACUUGCGGAUGAACCGCCUACUGUACGUAUCCUCAUCGGAGAUCUCAUGUCAGGUGUUAUGUAUAACUUCAAAAUCCAAACAGUAUCAUAUGGCCUCACAAGCGAUGUAACAAAACUGCAAACACGCACAAUGCCAUUAAUCCAAUCCGAAGUAUUAAUAGUGAAUAACGUACAGAUACGCGAUACGGUCACGUUAAGCUACACGCCAACACCGCAGCAAUCUUCCAAAUUUGACAUAUAUCGUUUCUCCCUUGGAGAUAUCAAUAUUCCUGACAAAGAGAAGUUUGCUAACGAUACUGAUCGCAAAGUCACGUUCACUGGCCUAAUUCCUGGACGAUUAUACAAUAUCACCGUCUGGACUGUAAGCGGAGGUGUAGCAAGUCAGCCAAUUCAACGACAAGAUCGGAUGUAUCCGGAACCAAUUACCGAACUGAAUGCGGGUAAUAUUACCGACACCGAAAUCAUACUCAACUGGGAUAUUCCUAAAGGCGAAUACAAUGCAUUCGAAAUACAGUACCUCAAAAAUGAUUCCCAUUACGUGCAGAAUCUCACUGUAAACAAUCACAUCACAAUCACCGAUCUUAAGCCCCAUCGCAACUAUACAUUUACUGUUGUCGUACGGUCCGGCACGGAAUCCAGCGUUCUACGCAGUAGUCUUCCAGUUUCGGCUAGCUUCCAGACAAAAGAAUCCGUUCCAGGGCGUGUAGACAAAUUUGCACCUAUUGACAUCCAGCCUAGCGAAAUCACAUUCGAGUGGUCACUACCACCAAAUGAACAGAACGGAAUCAUCAGACAAUUUACCAUUACAUACGGCCUGGAUGGAUCACAACAUACUCAGGCUAAAGAUUUCAAGCCCAUGGAAUUGCGUGGUACAAUCAAGGCCCUACUGCCAGGAAAAACAUAUAUAUUCCGCAUACAAGCUAAAACCGCCAUUGGUUAUGGGCCGGAGCAAAUGUGGAAGCAAAAAAUGCCAAUUCUGGCACCUCCUAAACCGGAAACUCAAGUCGUACCAACCGAAGUUGGGAGCAGUGCUACCACCAUCGAAAUCAGAUUCCGCAAACACUAUUUCAGCGAUCAGAAUGGCGUCGUUACGACCUACACCAUCAUCAUCGCUGAGGAUGAUAGCAAGAACGCCUCCGGACUAGAAAUGCCCAGUUGGUACGACGUGCAAUCAUACAGUGUGUGGCCCCCAUAUCAAGUCAUCGAGCCAUACUAUCCAUUCAAAAACAGCUCGGUCGAAGACUUUACCAUCGGAACAGAAAACUGUGAUACUCGCAAGUCUGGAUAUUGCAACGGGCCGCUCAAAUCCGGCACCACAUACAAAGUGAAGGUCAGAGCUUUUACUGCACCUGACAAAUUUACCGAUACUGCUUACAGCUAUCCUAUUCGGACAGCACAAGACAAUACAUCACUGAUCGUUUCGAUAACGGUCCCAUUAUUCAUCAUCCUCCUACUCGUUGGCACUAUUUUAUUCCUACGAAGACGGCGUCACACUGGCCGCAAAAAGGCCACCGAACAACGCGCAAAUGACAAUAUGUCGCUACCAGAUAGCACAAUGGAAACAAGCCGUCCAGUACUUGUAAAGAAUUUUGCCGAACAUUAUCGUAUGAUGUCAGCCGACUCCGAUUUUAGAUUUAGUGAAGAAUUUGAAGAACUAAAACACGUGGGUCGAGAUCAACCUUGCACAUUUGCUGACUUACCCUGCAAUAGGCCUAAGAAUCGAUUCACCAAUAUUUUACCAUAUGACCAUUCACGGUUUAAAUUACAGCCAGUAGACGACGAAGAGGGUUCAGACUACAUAAAUUCUAAUUAUGUCCCGGGUCACAAUUCGCCCCGUGAGUUUAUUGUUACGCAAGGCCCAUUGCACUCAACACGAGAUGACUUCUGGCGCAUGUGUUGGGAGAGUAAUUCCCGUGCGAUUGUUAUGUUAACGCGAACCUUCGAAAAGGGUCGAGAAAAAUGCGACCAUUAUUGGCCGCAUGAUACCGUGCCAGUGUAUUACGGUGAUAUCAAAGUUACACUGUUAAACGACAGUCAUUACCCAGAUUGGGUAAUCACGGAGUUCAUGAUGACAAGGGGUGAUACACAACGAAUCAUACGCCACUUCCAUUUCACAACAUGGCCUGAUUUCGGUGUACCUAAUCCGCCUCAAACGCUCGCUCGCUUCGUGCGCGCAUUCCGUGAGCGUGUGGGUCCUGAUCAGAGGCCAAUUGUGGUACACUGUAGUGCUGGUGUUGGACGCUCUGGUACCUUCAUAACGCUCGAUAGAAUACUUCAACAAAUACAGGUAUCGGACUACGUGGAUAUCUUCGGCAUUGUUUGGGCAAUGCGGAAAGAACGUGUCUGGAUGGUUCAAACUGAACAGCAAUAUAUUUGCAUCCAUCAAUGUUUGCUUGUAGUGUUAGAGGGUAAAGAGGGUACUGAACGGGAAAUUCAUGACAACCAGGGUUACGAAGAACCGGGAGAACAAGAUACUUCAGAAGAACAACAGCUAAUAGAGUCGGAACAAGGUAAUACCAACGAUACUGAGGCAGAUAGCCAAAACGAAAUCAAAUCUAAUGGUUGCGAGCAGGAGAUACGUAGUAACCAUUCAAGCUAUAGCAGGACUGACGAUGCCAAGGAUAUUAUAAACCAUUGCCAAGAAACUGAAGUGAUAACCAUUGAAGUACAAGCUAACAAUAAGUCUAACAAUACAGAACAGCAUCAAAUAGCUGACGACGUAGAAGAUAAGCAAAAUAGCAAUACUGCUAGUCGUAAAGGUAGCGGGCAAUCCAUCGACCUCGUCGAGUCCAAAACAGAUGGGAUAAGCAAUAAUGAGCAGCAAUCGAUUGGUGGUAAACUUUGGAAGGAAGAAAGAUGACAGUUGGAGAACGAUAGCGAUAAUAGGAGUAGUGGUAGAAGUAGCAUUAUUAUCGCUAUCAACGACGACAGCCAUGGUAAUAGCGCGCACAUUAUUCGCCCCGAUGGAAUCGAUGGCGAAGAUAAAAAAGACGACGAAACCGAAGUCGACGUAGGAAUCGAUUCAGACGAGGAUGAAGACGAUUCCAAUGAUCAGAGAGAAUUGUUACUUCAUAAAAAUAAUGAAAGAAAUAAUCUCAACACGGAAGCAGACCGAGAACGCAUCCGCUAUAAGCACAAUUUCGUGGAGGACGAAGAGGACGAACAGGAUGAUGACAUUAUUGUUAUCGUAGACGAAGAUAACAAUCUUUGUGGUGGUGGUGUUAGUGAUGAAUUAUAUCUAAAACUAAGAGAGAUGGAUGACGAAGGAAUCGCAGAAUCAGGCAUGUGAACACUUUGAAGGAUCUGACAUUUCAAUCGUACGUUUUAGUCGAUAAAUAUUCGAUAAAUUCACGACUCAAAAAGAAUCGGUAUUUGACCGAUUGGCCCAUUCGCGGAAAUAAAUGCAACAUACUUCAAUGGGAAAUUCGAGCCCAAUCUUCGAAUUGUAAAUAUCAGGAAAAAGCUCUUGCUCUGUAGAAAAGAGAAGUGUUAUCAAUGUACUAUUGUGUAUUCUAUCUUUAAAUGUCGAUAAUACUGGAAGUGCAUACGCUAUUUAAUCAAGAAUUAUUUUAAGUUCUUGAUGUCAUCGGAGAAUCAAAUCAGCAUAAACGAAGUACAUUAAAUUUCAAAUUUUAUUGUAUUUAUACAUGUGCAAUGGACACUCAAUCCAAGUUUUUAAUUCUGUUUUGUUGUACAUAAUGUAAGAUGUAUCAUUGCAAUUUUAGUUACACUAUUUUAAAACCCAAACAAUAAAAGAGAAAAUAGCAUAUCAUAAAAAUA